AUGAGUCUACUAGCUAUCAAUACAGUUGACCGUCUGGACAGGCCCAGCGCCUAUUAUGUGGGCAAGAACAAGCGGCGCAGCAGAUACAAUGACGAUGAUGAACCCGAACGAGAGGACCCCAUGGCCAAGUUGAAGGAUGCGACUACGCUCUACGUAGGCAAUUUGUCUUUUUACACGACGGAGGAACAGAUCCACGAGUUGUUCUCCAAGUGUGGUGAGAUCAAGCGCCUGGUCAUGGGUCUCGACCGUUUCAACAAGACUCCCUGCGGAUUCUGCUUCGUCGAAUACUACACCCACCAGGAUGCUCUGGAUUGCCUGAAAUAUAUUGGAGGAACCAAGCUGGAUGAGCGAAUCAUCCGAACCGAUUUGGAUCCCGGGUUUGAGGAGGGACGGCAAUACGGACGCGGUAAGUCUGGUGGACAAGUCCGUGACGAAUAUCGCGAAGAGUACGACCCUGGACGCGGUGGUUACGGUCGGGCAUACGACGAGCAGCGUCAACGGGAGGAGGAACAAUAUGGCGAGGGAAGGUAA